UCUCCUUUCCAAUUCCUCUGCGACUCUUCUUCUUCUUCUUCGUCGACACUCGCGAGCUUCGUCUUCCAUCGCCGCACCGAUUCCCGAGCAGCUCGCACCGGAGGGACCGACCGGACGCGUCGAGGACGGGGGCGGUGACUCCGUCGGACCGAUCGAUUCGCGGAGAAAUUUUGAGCGGGAGGGGAGAGAGAGAGAGGGGGAGAGGGAGGGAGGGAGAGGGAGGGGGAGAGAGAGAUGGGGAAGAGGAGGGAGCGUCGGAUGGCCGCUCAGAGCAACGCCGGCCGCCGGGUGAAGCUCGAUCUCUUCGCGGAACCCUCUGGAGAUUUGGGUGGCUCAUCUGGACAAGAUGAAGUUGAAGUGGAUGUAAAUUCAACACAUCAUGAUGGGUUACCCAAUUCAGCAUCUUCUUCAGCGCAAUUGGAGACAGUCGGAAAGCUACAGCGCAGGUCAACAGCAAGAGAAUCCUCUGCUGUUACUUGGCCAAUAUAGUGAUGAUGAGAUUGAGGAGGAACCAAGGAGAAGUUCUAAUGCCCCUGGGGAGAGUUCUGUGGCUCACAAUGACCAGGUCGAAACAUCAACUAGUAAACAAAGUGAAGACACAGGAGCUAACUUGACCGAAGAAUUAGAUUCUGCAAAAGUGAGGGAGGAGGUUGGAAGAGAUUCUCCAUCUCUACAUGAUUUGCUGAAGUUAGAGGAAAGUGAUGUUAAGGAAGGUGAAACGAGUGCCUCGCAUGAUUUGCCAAAAGAAAUAGAAGCAGGUGAACAUAUCAAUGUUGCAGAAACUUUUGAUGCUCAAGUUGUUGGGGACGUUAGUUCAGGUUGGAAGAUAGUAAUGCAUGAGGAGACCAAUCAGUAUUAUUAUUGGAACGUUGACACCGGGGAAACAUCAUGGGAAGUACCUGAAGUUUUGUCUCAAAUGACGAACUCUGCUGGAGACACAUACAAUGCUUCUGCAGAGACGGCCCAUAAUCCUGGUCAUGACAGUCACGAGUCAGAUUCUAGUUCGAAUAAGACUGUCAGAAAAGAGGGGGAUUCUGCUUUCUUCGGAGACAAGUGUGCUGGUUCUGAAGAUGCACUUUUAGCUUCUCAAAGUCAGAAGUUGGAUGAAUAUAGGUCUAGGAAGGAUGAGAUGACUGAAGAGCAGAAUGUUGAGAAUUUAAAUUAUACAUAUUGCAGGGAUGACAUCCACAAAGGUAGCAAAGAAUAUCCUUUGGGGACUGAUAAUUGGUCAUACCUCAUCAAGCAAAGUGAUUAUCUGUUGGAAAAGUUGAAGUCACUUGAAAGAUCUACGGGACUUCAUUUUGUUCGUGAGAGGAUAUUAAAGUAUGUUAUAGAAGUUGAAACUAGACUCUCAGAUAUGAAGUCACUCUCGUCAUAUGGUGUAGCUUUGCAUCCCUUUUGGGUGCACUCUGAAAGGCAGCUUGAACGUCUAAAACUUGCCACUGAUGAAGUUUAUCAAAUGGUAAAUGACGAAGUUAAGGAAACAAGUGACGGCAAGCUGGAGAAAAACAUGAAGCUCGAAUUUAAAGAUCGAAACAAGAACGAAGAAGGUUUUUCGACAUCCCAAACUGAUGCUUCUUUUCUGAAUGAUGCAUCCACUGCCGUGGAGCCUAGUGCGGUUAAUCACGACCAUGUUACAAAUGAUGAGCAUUUUGCAUCUCAGUUGCAAAUCAGACAAUUGGGAGGUGCUAUGGAAGAUGGUGAAUUAGUCAAUAGCGGUUUUAUCUCUGAUGUACCAAUUCUUGCUGCUUCAAUGAACGGUGGGGAAGACGUUGAUAUGGAUGUCGAUAUGGAAGUAGAAGAUAUGGAUCCUGUGAGCACCACUAUAACUGGAAUGAUUGGUGUAGAAAGUACUGUUGUUCCAGAAAAGUCAUCUGUACUAGAUCCACCUCCUGAGCCCUCAUCUGUUACCUCAGAGGAUCAGUAUUUUAUUCCACCUCCCCCAGAUGAGGAAUUCAUUCCCCCACUACCUCCAGAUGCUGAACAGAUUCCUCCACCUCCUCCAGACGAGCCUCCCGAACCAUCUUAUGCUCCACCGGCACCUUAUACGGAAGUUGAGCAGUCUAGUUCCUACAUCGAGCAAUACCCCUUAGCUUAUCCUAAUACUAAUUAUGAGUAUUAUGGACAAAAUGGAGUCAUGAACAAUAACUUCUAUGGACAUGCUGAAGGAUGUCAAGUUGUUUUACCGGAUGGAUCAGUUUCCUAUGUAGCUCUUCCAAGCACUACUGCUUCUAUCAUUGUUACCCCUGUUGAGUCUAUAGCAUAUUACAGCGCCCAAGAUGGAGCAGUACCAGCUGUACCUGGUGUUGGUAUAGUGAAUACGUCCCAAUUUCAAGGCCAAUCCAGUUCUCUCAAUUAUAGUUAUAGCACCACCACAGAUGAGCUUGGAUCUGUUCACACCCUUGCAGAGACAAGUUCCAGCUCAAUACCAUUGUCAACAGGUGUUGCAUCUUCGGUUGUUGGCAGUCGAAGUGAAAAUGAAACUUCUGAUGUCCCCUCUACUUCAUCUGCCAUAGAAGCUUCCGCAACCACAUCAGAGAAAAAUAAUAUUUCUGUUCCAUCAGUAAACACUGCUGCUGCAUCUGCAGCUCCUGUUGCCUCAUCAGCCAUUUCAAAGGUUCAGUCAAAAGUUUUGCGUAGUAAAAAAAGGACUGUUGCCGUUGCUCCAUCUUUGAGGUCUAAUAAGAAAGUCUCCAGUUUGGUGGAUAAGUGGAAGGCUGCCAAAGAAGAGCUGCAGGAAGAUGAUGAAGAUGAAGCUAAAACUGCUCUUGCACUUUUAGAGAAGAAGCGUCAGAGGGAAAUAGAGGAAUGGCGUGCCCAGCAAAUUGCCAGUGGAGAGGCCAAAGAGAAUGCUAAUUUUCAGCCACUGGGGGGUGAUUGGCGUGAGAGAGUUAAGCGCAAGAGAGCUCAAGCUGCCAGUGAAGCUGUACAGAAUCAAGAGCAAUCCAAUGACGGAAACCAGCAACCAGAUCUUGUAGAACUUUGUCGAAGUCUGCCGUCUGGAUGGCAGGCAUAUUGGGACGAAUCCUCAAAGCAGGUUUACUAUGGAAACUUGGUCACCUCAGAGACAACCUGGACCAGGCCGACAAAAUGACGCUAAUUUUCAAGAUCAAGCCAAAAAAAUUGCUUGCCAAGAACAACAUGAUGCCAAAAAGUCGAAGAGUUGAGGUUCAUCCUCCGUUUUGAGUUUUUUUGCAGUGUUCACCUUUCUUGUUAUCGUCCCUUGCCUACAUCUAUGAUUGUACAUAUAUUUAGAGGCGGAGGAGAAGAUAGUUGUAAUAGCUCUGCCUUUAGCCAGGUUAGUUGAGUCCUUACCUCGA